AUGGACAAUGUGAUAGACCUUAAGAAAGAAUUAUAUAUCGCCCUCCAAGAUUCUUCCGAGAUAGUCUCAUAUAAUGCUAAAUUGCGGGAUAGGUAUGAAAAACAAGAAAAAAAAAUUAAUCGGGAGAGAGAACAAUGGGAUUGGGAUAGAAAGAAGUGGGGUAAAAAACUGGGAGGGUCCAAAGCUGAGAAUGAUAUAAAAUCUAAGAAAAUUAGAUCGCUUGAGUCUAUGAUUGAGAUAUUGGAAGGUAAGUUGACUUCAGCCCAGAAAGAUGUGAUUUCAAUUCAAAAUGACUCAUUGAAAAAAGAAUCCGAAAAUUUAUCUCUCAAAUCCAAAAUAGCUGAAUUAGAAAAUAUAAAGAGCUCAUUGGAAUCAAAGGUCAAUGAGCUCAAGUAUCUGAAAUCGGAGGCUAUAUCAAAACCCAUAGUUGGUGGGGAUGACGAAAAAAAUAUGACCAAGCCUGAUGAUAUAUCUGCAAUUAGUGAACCUAGCAAAAACAUUAGUCAAUAUUUUCUACAUGGAAAAAAUAUGGAUCAAGCUGGAAAAAUCGAUACUAUAUGUCUUGACACUAGCUCCGCUAUUAUACCAGAUCACACUGAUGAUAAAAGUACUUCUAUACCUGAGGAAUCAGUAAUUCGAGGCUCACCUCCAAGUGUAGAUACUGAGAUUAUUCCCAAGGUAAGUGAUAAAAUUGAUAUUAGCAAAACUAACAACAAUAUACUCCAAGAAAUACCGAAUACCCCCUCUUUGAUUGAAUCAAAUACCCAGAUGGGACCUGGUCCUGGGAUAGGAGCAAUCCCUAUUGUGGCAUAUAUUUUUCUUACUCUAUUAAUUAUUGCGGUUAUGUGGUUUGUAAGACGCACAUGGGGAUUUGAGAGGAAAAGUGAUCGGUUACGGGAUAUGUGGAUUGGACAUUAG